AUGGCGGUGGCACGGAAAAUCAAAACUUUGUUGACGGUGAACAUCUUGGUCUUCGUGGGUAUCAUCCUCUUCUCCGUCUACUGCAGGAUCCAGGACCGCUCGCAGGAGCUGGUGCAGAUCGUCCGGAGCGCGGACCGCCGGGCCAGGAGCCGCGGCGCCAAGGUGGGCAGCCUGGCCGACAGGGAGUCCAUCCUGCAGCGCCUGGACCACCUGGAGGAAGUGGUCUACAACCAGCUAAAUGGUCUGGCAAAGCCCAUGGGAUUAGUUGAAGGUCCAGGAGGCCUGGGCCAGGGGGGAAUGGCUGCUACCCUGAGAGACGACAGCCACGAAUCAGAGACUAAAUAUGAAGAAUAUGGUUACAACGCCCAACUCAGUGACAGGAUAUCACUGGACAGGUCCAUCCCUGACUACAGACCAAAAAAGUGCAAGCAGAUGUCCUACCCCGAUGACCUGCCCCAGAUCUCGGUGGUGUUCAUUUUUGUCAACGAGGCUCUGUCGGUGAUCCUGCGCUCGGUGCACAGCGUGGUGAACCACACCCCRUCCCACCUGCUCAAGGAGAUCAUCCUGGUGGAUGACAACAGUGACAACGUUGAGCUGAAAUUUAAUCUGGACCAGUACGUGCACAAGAGAUACCCAGGCCUGGUGAAAAUCGUGCGCAACACCAAACGGGAGGGGCUGAUCCGAGCCAGGAUCCAGGGCUGGAAAGCAGCAACUUCUCCUGUGGUGGGGUUCUUCGAUGCCCACGUGGAGUUCAACAUCGGCUGGGUGGAACCGGCGCUCACSCGGAUCAAGGAGGAUCGCAAGCGGAUCAUCCUGCCCGCGAUCGACAACAUCAAGUACAACACGUUCGAGGUGCAGCAGUACGCCAACGCCGCCCACGGCUACAACUGGGGGCUCUGGUGCAUGUACAUCAUCCCCCCGCAGGACUGGCUCGAUAAAGGGGAUGAGUCAGCUCCCAUCAGGACACCGGCCAUGAUCGGCUGCUCGUUCGUGGUGGACCGAGAGUAUUUUGGUGAGAUUGGCUUGCUUGACCCUGGCAUGGAGGUCUAUGGAGGAGAAAACAUCGAGUUAGGCAUGAGAGUGUGGCAGUGCGGGGGCAGCAUGGAGGUGCUGCCCUGCUCCCGCGUGGCGCACAUCGAGCGCACCAAGAAACCCUACAACAACGACAUCGAUUACUAUGCAAAGCGCAACGCCCUGCGCGCCGCCGAGGUCUGGAUGGACGACUUCAAAUCUCAYGUUUACAUGGCCUGGAACAUCCCCAUGGCGAACCCCGGAGUUGACUUUGGAGACGUUUCUGAACGAAUUGCGCUGCGGCAGCGCCUGCAGUGCCGGAGCUUUAAGUGGUACUUGGAGAACGUGUACCCUGAAAUGAGGGUUUACAACAACACGGUCACUUACGGAGAGGUGCGUAACAGCAAAGCCAGUGGCUACUGCUUGGACCAGGGGGCCGAAGAGGAUGACAAAGCCAUCCUUUAUCCAUGCCAUGGGAUGUCCUCCCAGCUCGUCCGCUACAGCUCGGAAGGUGUCCUGCAGUUGGGGCCACUGGGCUCCACCGCCUUCCUGCCCGACUCCAAAUGCCUGGUGGAUGAUGGCAAGGGCAGGACGCCCACCCUCAAGAAGUGUGAAGAUGUCCUGAGGCCAGCRCAGAGGUUCUGGGAUUUCACACAGAAUGGUCCAAUCAUCAGCAGAGACACUGGCCGUUGUCUAGAAGUGGAAAUGUCGAAGGAUGCAAAUUUUGGGCUCAGAUUAGUUGUUCAGAGGUGCUCGGGGCAGAAAUGGAUGAUUAGAAACUGGAUCAAGCACGGUCGGCACUGACUGUGRGGCGGAGCUGCCUCUCCUGCUGUUGUCCAUUUCUCAGUGUGCCAUAUCUCGCGAGGCAUUUGUCUUAAAGAAAAUUAGUUUGAACAAGUCUUGGCUCUCAAGAGUCCUCCAUYGUUGGGCAUUCCAAGGAAAGAAAGAAGUAAAAGAAAAGCAGACACACACACUGUUUGACUCUUCCUUGCUCCGGCAGAUGACGUAGGAAGCUUAACGAGAGUUUUGUGUCGAUUUGGAAAUCUUGCGAAGAUCAGAACGCAGCAGGAAAGCGGAUUCCUUCCGCUCUCCUAGAGGAAUUGACAGAUCUUUCUGUGCUGAGUUCAAAGGAGACAUCCCACUACUGCCUCAUAAAGAGAGUUCUCUGAUGGGUAGCUUUUCAGCUUUAAGUUUUGGACUGGUGCACAACUCCUACRGUGAAUAAUCAUGUGCCUUUUUUAUUGUACUUCGUAUAAAAGAGGACUGGAGAAAUCCUACCUUUUCAGCAUGUCUGGUUCGUUGUACUAAACAGGAAGAUCUGUAAAUAACACUGGAAAUAUAUUCUAAUAUAUGAUACAUUUCAAGGUUGGUGGCUUAGGAGUCUCUGUUUCUAGAAAGAGACUGUUCUGCAAAUGUUUACAGGUGGCUCUCAACCUUCGAGCUGCUGGAAAAAGCAGCAUUUUAGAGACCUCUUCCAGUUAGACACAAUAAGCGUUGAAUAGGUAAAAUAGCCACAUGCUCCGUUGUAAUGCCACAUUUUACAUUUGUUGGCUGUAAAGGCAUCACAAUUUAGCACUUGGAUAUUUGGCAGUAAAUGUCCUGGCAGCUGGGUGGGUUUCAGGAGGCCUCGCUGGCCCCAAAGCCCUGAKUGUGUCCUGAGUGUGUCCCUGUCCUGCAGGUCACUGCUGUGCUGUGCCUGGAACAGGGAUACUCCUCACUUCUGGAAAUUGGUUGGCUGGCUUAGGUUCCAUCUGUGGAGCUCAAAAACUUGGAUCUUCCAUUUUGUUCCCCAUCCUGUGAAAAUGUCAAAUGUGAGCAAAUACGCUUUGUGAGCACUGUCUAGACAAAUUUCCUGAACAAACCAACAGAGUCUUUCCAGCAUUUGAAAAACAAACUCAAAGCCUAGUGAUAAGAAGGCAAAUUAGAGCAAGGGGUAGGGAGCAUAUAUAAAUACUCUGAWAUAUAAAUAUUYUACUGUAGCUGACCCAUUGGCAGCRUCUUUGUGAACCUGAAUUUAAUAAUGUAUCCAGUGGUUCAUGCAGGAUCUGUUGCAUAUGGACAGAGCAGUGACAAGGUCUUUCCAAAAGGCUGUCAAAAUUGAUGACCAGUGUCAUCAGCAGGUUUUGGAUGUGGGUCCAUGGCACUCAGCUUUUCAGUACAGAUGAUUUCAAUCACACUGAAGGAGGGACACAGAUGGUAUCUGUUAAUUUCACUGUUUGAUAUUUUACACUUACUUAUUUUAAAAAAUUGUUUUGUUUUACUGAGCCAGGAAAAUAGGUAAUUGCAGUCACUGUGGUACCGUGGAUCUUGGUGAUCUGUUCCUUGGAUAGCUUUUGCCAUUCCUAUUUCAAGGCAUGCUGAACAAAACUGAAUGGAAACAAAGUUAAUUUUUCAAAGGCAUGAUAUGUAAUAAAAUAUUUACUUUUAACAUGCAAAAUCCAUCAGUUCUUGUCAAGUCUYGGUUAGUAUCUAGAAAGCAUAUCACUAUAUUUUGCCCCAAUUUUAUUCUUGAAAUGGAGUGUGCAAGAUCCAUGAUAAAGCCAAUUCUCCUGGAGUUCACUUGUGGCUAAUUGCUGAUCUUUAUUCAUGUCACAGAGCCCAGGUGACACAUGAACAUACAAAGAAAGAAUUCUGGGUGAGAUUCUAGAUACAAAAAUGCUUAAAAUUCCGUGUUUAUGGUAAGUUGAACACAGCCUUUUGAACAGUGUAAUAAGAACUGCAGGGAGAAUAGCUCCUUUAAUAAAUCAAGCAAUACUGUAUAAAAUCACGGACAAUCUCAGUACUUAAGCCUUGCUGCAGGUCUGAAACUGGUAGGAAAAGGUAGGAAACUUCAAGCUAAACA